GAAGAUAAGCUGAACUGGAAAUCCAACGAAUCCUAAUUGUGAAAGUUACUAGCUCGCAGCUCGCGUUUCAUCCAAAGCAAUUUAUUAAUCAUGGAGGAUGAAGAACAGAGGCUGCUCAUCAUGCGCAAAGCAUUCCAGAUGUUCGACACUACCAAAUCGGGUUUCAUCGAUACAGUGAAAAUUUCCACCAUCCUGAACACGUUAGGGCAGCAGUUUGACGAGGGUGAACUGCAGGCACUGAUCGACGAGGAAGAUCCGGAAGAAACGGGCAAGGUGAACUUCGAUGGAUUCGCGAACAUUGCCUCGAACUUCCUGAUAGAGGAGGAGGACGCCGAAGCGAUGGAGAAGGAACUGAAAGAGGCUUUCAGGUUGUACGAUCGAGAAGGAAAUGGCUAUAUUACUACCAGCACAUUGAAGGAAAUUUUGGCAGCUCUGGAUGAUAAAUUAUCGAACGAAGAUCUAGACGGAAUCAUCAAUGAAAUCGAUACUGACGGAUCCGGAACUGUUGAUUUCGACGAGUUCAUGGAGAUGAUGACCGGAGAGUAAUUGGACUGUGUGAUAACAGAACGAAAGCGGCUCUCCCAGCACGACGUCAAAGAACCAAUACAAAAUCGAUGUAGCGAUUAUAGCCAACUACCAAUAGUUUACCUGAUUUACCCAGCAAAACAUGUUUUCUUUUUUGUACCGUAGUCUUCUAGUAUGUUUAUCAAAUGUCACUUGAGACAGGGCCCUUCAGCGAACAACAUAAUUGUCGUGAACUAGCAGCCAUGCCUAGCAUUCAGGGUACAAUCUAACGAUAAUUGGCUAAUCUUACUUGUAAAAUCAAUCAAAUGUUAAAUUUCAAUAGGCUGAAACUUUUACUGUUGCACCUCACAUACGUAAAUUCGAAUGCACUCUUUUCUGUUUCGUAUUUUUCCCAUCCUUAGAUAUUCAGUCUCAAAUUCAAAUUGACUAGCAAUUAGAUGUUGCACAAAUUGUUCCGUCUAUGAUAUGUGUUUUACUAGUGCAUGUUUCAGUGACACACAAUUGCUCACGUUGUUCUUCGAUUGCUCAUGAAGGUUGAUUACUUUUUGUUCUGCAUUUAUUUACUGUCAAUUUACUGCACCCCUUUGAGCCGUUACCCGGAAAUGACUAGAAAACCACACUCAUUGU